CUCCUUCUGUUUUUUAAAACAAUUCUUCUUCCACAAUCAAAUCAAUCAAACCAAGUAAAAGGAACAAGUUUUUAAAGAGAAAAAAUAAUUAAUUUUUUGAACAAACAUUGAAAAUGCUCCAAAAGACCAUUGCGGAGAAAAAAUAAUUAAUUUUUUGAACAAACAUUGAAAAUGCUCCAAAAGACCACUGGGCAAUGGAACCAAUUCGUAAAAAAGAUAAGGAAGAACGUUAAGAAUUUCGGAGAAUUUGUUCAUCAGCGCCUUCCUAUAAACCGCAGUGUGCUGUGCCCCUGAAGAAGACAAUGGUUGGCUGGAGAAUUCAACACCAGGUUUCGUUUCUUGUGGUUGAAUUCUAUUAAGAACCCUCGAUUUUCUUCUGAUUUUCUCCCCCAAUUUCGUUUUAAAAAUUAAUUCUUAAAUCAAAAGACUGUUUUUUUGUCCACUCCCUAAUACCCUUAUCCCCAUUUAGUAUAAAGAUCGAGCAAGAACGAAGAUAAGUUCUUGUCCUCACCUCAAGAAGGCAUAAAAAUGGCGACGGUAUCAUUUUCCAGAUCCCUAAUCGCCCUCUCCCCUUUUAAACCCCACGCCCAGACCUAUUUGCGGUUCACCCUCCGUGCGGCCGCCGGAGAUUCCCCAUCCGGUCCCGAAGAAGCAAAAUCCCAGGCAACCUCCGAACCUGACGACUUCGAUUCCCGGCUCUCCAGAUUCCGGAUCCGUUACCGGACAGGAGUGGGUAAGAAGGCGGAGCGAAGGAAGGCUCGACAAGCGAAGAUGAGAGGGUCAGAGCCUGGAUCCGGGAUCUACCUCCCGCCUGUGCCACUGCAAGAACCGGCGUCGGAGGGGCUGAAUGUGGAGUUCGGGUUCACCCGGUAUUCGGAACGGGCCAACGGUCGGAUGGCAAUUCUGGGAUUAUUUGCUUUGUUGAUGGUGGAGCUGGCGACUGGUCAGGCGGUGGUAAAGUAUCAUACGCCGGCGGUAGUUGUGCUUCAGGUAUACUUCGUGGCGGCGGCUGCGGCGGUGUAUGCUAAGUACGAGAAGGAAAGACUUAGUGUGUGGCCUGGCUCGCCUCCGGGCGAGGAAUGAGAAUUGAUUGUAAAAGUUUCCUUUUUAUUGUGUUUCUUGUGCAUUGUAAAGAGAAAUUGAGCUUAUGUGUUUCUUUGGGAGAUCUUUUCUUAAUGUAUUGUUUCCCCAAAACCAUAAAAAAAGCUUGUUCUUUUAGUCUUUUUUUAAAUGCAAAAGCUUGUUUGGGAUAUUUGGUUCUAUAAUCUAUGAUUUGGUGUAAUUUUCCGAUACGUUUCUUCUUUGUGUCUGU